AUGGGCCGUGGACCAAAGAAGCACCAGAAGCGUCUCAGUGCGCCCUCGCAUUGGCUUCUCGACAAGCUCUCCGGUGCUUAUGCUCCCAAGGCUUCCCCCGGUCCUCACAAACUCCGCGACUCGUUGCCCCUCGUUAUCUUCCUGCGAAACCGCUUGAAGUACGCCCUCAAUGCUCGUGAGGUCAAGUCGAUCCUCAUGCAGCGCCUUGUCAAGGUCGACGGCAAGGUCCGCACUGACUCCACCUUCCCCGCUGGAUUGAUGGACGUUAUCACCCUCGACAAGACCGGCGAGAACUUCCGCCUUGUCUUCGACACCAAGGGCCGAUACACCGUGCACAGGAUAACUGGCGAGGAGGCCGCAUACAAGCUGGGCAAGGUUAAGCGUGUUCAGCUCGGCCGUGGUGGAAUUCCCUACUGUGUUACGCAUGAUGCGCGAACGAUCCGUUACCCCGACCCUGCCAUCAAGGUCAACGACACCGUCAAGAUCGACCUCGCCACUGGCAAGAUCACCGACUUCAUCAAGUUCGACACUGCUGUCAUCGUCAUGAUCACUGGUGGACACAACAUGGGUCGUGUCGGUGUUAUCACUCACCGUGAGCGCCACGACGGAGGUUUCAACAUUGUCCACGUCAAGGAUGCUGUGGACAACGAAUUCACCACCCGUGAGAGCAACGUCUUCGUCAUUGGCCGUGAAAAGCCAUGGAUCUCUCUUCCCAAGGGCAAGGGUGUCAAGCUCUCCAUCGCUGAGGAGCGUGACCGCCGCAGGGCCUAUGCUCUUGCUGGUCACUAG